GCAGACAUUAAUAUGGCGUCUACGAUUGCAGUAGAGGCUAUGGAUAAACAACAUUUAGCUAUUCCGUUUAAAUAACACCGGUUUAUUGCCACUGAAAGACGCUUGUGGGCAGCGUGUCGCCGUCUAUAAUGACAUUUUAUAUUUAAUUUACCUGAUCCUUGUCUGACACUAGCACUCCAUGUCCGAAGGACCUCGGGCUCCCUGGUCGAAGCGGGGUUGCGUGGAGUCGCAUCGCCGAGAGCAGGGAAAGUACAAGCAGAGGAAAUGUGAACGUCCCUUCAGUGCAGUGAAGCCGACGGUUGGCCAGGAGGCCUCUAAAAGGUGCCUAAUGGCGGGGGAUGUGGAGGUGUACCUUUCCCAAGUGCACGAUGGCAGCGUGUCCUCAGGCUUCCGAGCCUUAUACGAGGAGCGGCUGUUGCUCGAUGUCACGCUGCUCAUCGACGAACACCACUUCCAGGCCCACAAGGCCCUGUUAGCAACACAAAGCGACUACUUCCGAGUCAUGUUUACGGCUGACAUGCGGGAACGUGACCAGGAUAAGAUUCACAUGAAGGGGUUGACGGCAGCUGGGUUUGGUCAUGUCCUUCGUUUCAUGUACUACGGUUCUUUGGAGUUGAGCAUGGUGACGGUGCAGGAGAUUCUGCAGGCUGCCAUGUACGUGCAACUCACGGAGGCCGUAGAGUUCUGCUGCUCCUUCCUGCUGGCCAAGAUCUGUUUGGAGAAUUGCGCUGAGGUCAUGCGCUUGCUGGAAGACUUCAGCGUUGGUGUAGAAGGGGUGCAGGAGCAGCUUGAUGCUUUUCUGCUGGAGAACUUUGUGCCUCUGAUGGCACGACCUGACUUCCUUUCUUACCUGAGUUUGGAGAAAUUGAUGGCGUACCUGGAUAGCGACCAGCUGAGUCGGUUUCCGGAAAUUGAGCUGUACGAGGCCGUGCAGGCCUGGUUGAGACAUGACCGGCGACGUUGGAGGUAUACGGAUGCUGUGGUGCAGAACCUGCGCUUUUGCCUCAUGACUCCCGCUAACAUCUUUGAGAAGGUUAAGACAUCAGAGUUCUACCGUUAUUCCCGCCAACUGAGACUGGAAGUUGACCAGGCGCUCAGCUACAUCCAUCAGGUGAACGAACAGCCAUUGGCUGAUUCCAAAUCCAACCGCAUCAGAUCAGUGCGACACCAGACGGCUGUAUUCCGUGGAAUGAUUGGCCACAGUAUGGUCAACAGUAAGAUCCUCCUCCUGCAUCGCCCUAAGGUGUGGUGGGAACUGGAAGGCCCACAAGUCCCGCUCCGCCCUGACUGCUUGGCCAUCGUCAACAAUUUUGCUUUCCUGUUGGGUGGCGAAGAGUUGGGUCCGGAUGGAGAGUUCCAUGCUUCCUCCAAAGUUUACCGUUACGAUCCAAGACAGAACUCUUGGCUGCGUAUGGCAGACAUGUCCGUGCCGAGAUCGGAAUUUGCUGUCGGCGUCAUCGGAAAGUAUAUUUAUGCCGUCGCGGGCCGUACUCGAGACGAGACGUUCUAUUCGACGGAGCGUUAUGACAUUGUUGAGGACAAGUGGGAGUUUGUUGACCCAUACCCUGUAAACAAAUAUGGGCACGAAGGUACAGUGCUUAACAGAAAGCUGUAUAUCACCGGUGGCAUCACCUCCUCUUCCACCUCAAAACAAGUAUGCGUCUUCGAUCCAGGUCGGGAAGGAACGUCCGAACACCGCACACGUCGCACGCCCAUCCUCACCAGCUGCUGGGAGAACAAGUCAAAGAUGAACUAUGCACGUUGCUUUCAUAAGAUGAUCUCCCACAAUGGGAAGCUGUAUGUGUUUGGUGGGGUGUGCGUGAUAUUGCGCGCUUCAUUCGAGUCCCAGGGCUGUCCUUCGACGGAGGUAUACGACCCUGAGACAGACGAGUGGACUAUUCUCGCCUCUAUGCCCAUCGGGCGUAGCGGGCACGGAGUGGCAGUGUUGGACAAACAGAUCAUGGUGCUCGGAGGACUUUGUUACAACGGUCAUUACAGCGACUCUAUCCUCACUUUUGACCCCGAGGAGAAUAAGUGGAAAGAGGAUGAGUAUCCCAGAAUGCCUUGCAAACUGGACGGGCUACAAGUGUGUAGUUUGCACUUCCCAGAAUAUGUUCUGGAACACAUGGCAAAUGAAGCAAGGCCCUGUCCAUGUGAUUUAGGGGAUACAAUUGAAUAUGGGGGUCUUGGAGAGGAAGUUCAAGUUGAGCACAUUAAAGCCUAUGUUGUCAAGCGAACGUCACACAAGGCCAUCAUUGUAAUUCAAGACAUUUAUGGAUGGCAGCUUCCGAAUACGAGAUAUAUGGCUGACAUGCUUUCUGCAAAUGGAUACAUUGCUAUAUGUCCAGAUUUCUUUGUUGGGAAAGAGCCAUGGAGUCCAUCUCAAGACUGGUCAACAUUUCAGCAAUGGCUAGAGGACAAAAAACCCACAGACAUAAAAAAGGAGGUGGAUGUUGUAUUGAAGUAUCUGAAGGAGCAGUGUGGUGCAAAGGAUAUAGGUGUUGUGGGUUUCUGCUGGGGUGGAGUUGCAACCCACUAUAUUGCUCUUCAAUAUCAGGAAAUCAAAGCUGGAGUGUCUUUCUAUGGUAUUGUUAGAGAGAGAGAAGACAGGUUUGAUUUAAAAAGUCCAACCUUCUUUAUCUUUGCGGAAAAUGAUGCCGUCAUUCCUCUUGAUCAGGUGACUGUGCUAGAGAAAAGGCUGAAGGAAAAGUGCACUGUUGACUUCCAAGUGAAAAUCUUCCCUAAUCAGACACAUGGGUUUGUCCAUCGCAAGAGAGAAGACAUUAACCCAGAUGACAAACCUUACAUCGAAGAAGCCAGGACAGAUAUGAUCAACUGGUUGAAUAAGUACAUGUAACCUUCAGAGGAUUAAAAAGACGGACCAU